CUGCCACUGCUGCUUUUCUUUUCUUUCCCCUUCGACACCCCCCUCUAAUACCUAUUCCCAACCCUCUAUUCCAUUCACCUCCCUGCUGUAUAUUUAAACCGCCCCUUUUACACGCUUUUCCUUUCCUGAACCUGCUUCCCGGGACAAGCGCAUUUCUCUUCUAUUUAGACACAUUUCUUAUUGGCAGCAAUCAUGGUCAAGCUGUCGCGUUCGGCCAAGGUCGGCAUCAUGCUGUCGCUGAGCUCGGGCAUGUUCUUCAUCGAGCUCAUCGUCGGAAUCCUCGCUGGGUCAAUUACGCUGGUGGCCGACUCGUUCCACAUGCUAAACGACGUUCUUGGCAUGGUUAUCGCGCUGUGGGCUAUCAAGCUGGCAAAGUCUGACAAGGCAACACCGAAUAACACGUACGGGUGGCAGCGGGCGGAGAUUCUGGGCGCACUAACAAACGGUGUUUUGCUACUCGGUCUGUGCCUCACCAUCUACAUCGAUGCCAUCCAGCGGUUCGUCCAGAUCGAAGAGGUGCGCAACCCCAAGCUGGUCAUGAUUGUCGGCUGCGUCGGGCUUACUUUCAACAUCAUGGGUCUAGCGCUGUUCCACGAGCACGGGCACGGCCACAGCCACGGCCAUGGUCAUAGUCACUCGCACAGCCACAGCGAUGAGGAGUCGCUGGUAGGCGAAGAGGACAUUCUGAUCACCAGUCCGCCGGUGUACGGCUCAAUCGAGGCCACAGGACAGGCCGAGGGCGUAGGUGCUAGCACGCCGCAGCUGUCGCACAUGUCCAUUGACAACAAGUCCAUCAUUGGUAUUCCCCACCCAGCGUACACACAGCAGGCGAUCAUCAAGUCUGCUAACCAGAUCAAGAACGCUGAGAUCGAGUCGCUUGCCGAUGGCAGCGGGCAUGCCGUUCCCGGAGCCUCUCAGGAUGCGCGCCCGCAUACACACAAGCACAACGAGAACCACGACCACAGCCAUGACCACUCGCACGGAAAGAAGACCGGGCAGAACGAUCAUGAUCACGACCCCUCGCAGGGUGGCGGCCAUCUCAAUAUGCAGGGUGUGUGGGUGCAUGUGUUUGGCGACUGCAUUACCAACAUUGCGGUUAUCAUCAGUGGCCUGGUCAUCUGGAAGGCGGAGGGCCACUGGCGCUACUACUUUGACCCGGCCAUGUCAAUUCUGAUCAACACGCUCGUGGUGGCGGUGACGCUGCCCCUAGUCAAGAGCGCGUCGUUUAUUCUGCUCAACGGCGUGCCCAACACCAUCAACCUAGAAGACCUGCGCCAUGACCUGCGCAAGAUCCCAAACGUACUCAACAUCCACGAUCUGCACGUGUGGCAGUUGUCUGACACAAAGUAUGUGUCGUCAGUGCAUGUACUGAUUGACCGACCGACCACGUACGAAUGCAUCCACAACAGCAACUCGUCAAGCGAGGUUGAUAUGGGCGAGAGCAAUGCAGCCGGAAAGAGCCACGACCAUCACGACAAGAAAACCAAGAGUGCGCGUCUUGUCACACAUCGUUCGUCGCGCGACCUGCUACGUAGCCCUGCCAACGUGGAUAUGGACUGUGUGUACAUGGAAGUGGCGGCACAUGUCAAACAGGUUAUGCACCGCUAUGGUGUCCACUCAGCAACGAUCCAGCCCGAGUUCGUCGUCGGCCAGUCGGUGUCAGUGGCAACAACCAAGGCUGCCAACAGCACCCACGAGGAUACAAACGAGUUUGACGGUCGCGAAGGCUCUAUUUUCAGCAGAGUUGCUAUUAUGGCGGAGGACGAGGAUGUUGCCGAGCCCACUUGCCCGGCGGGUAGACCCAGACGGUCCUCCGCUACCAUUGGCCCUUGCCUGCUAUCGUGCCGCAACGGCGCAUGUCUACCUGGCUCAUGCUGCCCCGGAGAGACACCCAUCAAAGUUGUCCCUGGCAGCAGCCCACCGCAGGAAUAGUUAUUGUAUAAUCGCUUUUUAUGGAUGUGUGGAGUCGGGUAUGCUAGACUUUUGGUGAUUCAUGGCCGACGCCGCAAUAAAUUGUGCCUACUAGA